ACACACACACACACUGGUAGGCAUCACUUUGCCCGCGUAUCCCAGCCGAAGCAGUCGAAGCUCGAAACAUGGCACCACCAAAAGCAAGCGGAAAGGCCACCAAGAAGUCGCCCGCCGCCGGCAAGGCCCAGAAGAACAUCGUCAAGGGCGAAAAGAAGAAGAAGAAGCCACGCCGAAAGGAAAGCUACGCUAUCUACAUCUAUAAGGUGCUGAAACAAGUCCACCCGGACACCGGUGUCUCGUCGAAGGCUAUGAGAAUCAUGAACAGCUUCGUCAACGACAUCUUCGAGCGGAUCGCCGCCGAAGGCUCCCGGUUGGCGCACUACAAAAAGCGAUCGACGAUCACCUCCCGGGAGAUUCAAACCGCCGUCCGGUUGCUGCUCCCCGGCGAGUUGGCCAAGCAUGCCGUUUCCGAGGGGACCAAGGCCGUCACCAAGUACACAAGCUCGAAGUAG